UUAUAUUAAAAAAUUCUAAUAAGAAUUCAAAUUACUUAUACUUAAGCGCCAUCUGAAACUUUCAUUUCCAUUUUGACCACCAGAGCUCACUGACGUCAAUCACCGAUCCAGCCUUUUCAUACUUGUCGACUAAAGAAUAAGGCAAAAUGACCAACUCCAAGGGUUACCGUCGUGGUACGAGAGACUUGUUCUCUCGUAAAUUCCGUACUCAUGGAACCAUCCCUCUGAGUACCUACAUGAAGGUGUACAAAGUCGGAGACAUUGUUGACAUUAAAGGCAACGGUGCAGUCCAAAAAGGUAUGCCACACAAGGCUUACCACGGCAAGACUGGACGUGUGUUCAACGUGACUCCUCACGCUAUGGGAGUGAUCGUCAACAAGCGAGUACGUGGACGUUUCAUUGCCAAGCGCAUCAACGUAAGAAUUGAGCACUUGAACCACAGCAAGUGCCGAGAGGAUUUCCUCAAGCGAGUCAAGGAAAACGAGCGCCUCAGGAAGGAGGCUAAGGAAAAGAACAUCCACGUUGAGUUGAAACGUCAACCCGCUCAACCUUCCAAGGCUCACAUUGUCUCUGGACGCGAAGCUCCAAUCCUCUUGGCGCCAAUCCCGUAUGAGUUUAUUGCUUAAUUUUAUUAAUAAAGAUCUUAAAUUGAUAUAAAUUA